AUGACUCAAGCUUCCAUUGCAAUACAACAUCUUGAACACGUUGGAUUAUGGUACCUGUGGCAGCAACAGGAUACGGAUCUCAAAGCAAGAAUGCUGUAUGGUUGGCUCAAUGGUAUGCGUGGUAUUGGAUCUACAAAGCAAAACAUGUUAAUUAACGAGCUUUACAUGAAACAGCAGCACGACAAUAUGGAUGGCAUGGAGAUACGGUUUUAUUUGAGGCAUUGA